AUGGCAGUUGUCUUGGCAACCAGAAAUAGAAGAGAACAUUCCCAACCUGAAAAAGACAUCUAUGAAACACCUACAGCUAUCAUCAUUCUUAUGGUCAAAGAUGGGAUUGAAUGCAUUUCCUCUAAAAUCAAGGACAAGAUCAGUAAUUUCAGUUACUCUUCUUUUACUGUAGCCACAUGUACCUUGGUGGAUCCUAAUCGGUGCUCACAAAAUUUUGGUUACUGUAGAAGAUGCUGCUUUAAAUAUGAAAAGCAAAUUGAUAUAUGUCUCUCACCAAGUAAAAUUUGCUGCAUUGAGAGGUUGUUUGAAGAAGACUAA